AACUUUCAAUAUCUUUUUUGAGGAAAGGGAUAGAGGAAAAAAGAAAGGAAGAAACAUAGAAAAGAAAAGUUUGUAAACCCUAAUAAUAACCUCUCGAAAUUCCAAUCCCUAAUUUUGCUAGGAAAAUUCCGUCUCUCUCUCUAAAGAUCACAGAUUUCAUUCCACUUUUCUUUUCUAUAUAUAAUGUCCGACUUUCUGCACCAAUUCAACUUCAGAAAUUGAAGGAUUCUUUCGACGAUGCAAAAAAAUUGAAGAUGAUCGUGUUUGGAUCAUUUACUGAGGACGAGAUCAGGUCAUUAAACAGUAAGCCAUCCGAGGAUUCUGCAACUCCUGUGGGCAAGACUGAACUCCAGUUCGGGUCAUUGCCUUUGGUGUCAGGUGUACUACUAAAUGGUACAAAUGGGGAAACUGGAAAAAAAUUGUUCUCUUCUGUAAAACCAUCAAAUUCAGUGAAGAAAGAUGCUGGUUCAGUGCAUUCAAAGGCAUUGGUGCCAGGAUCUGGAGAUGUCUUAAAAGAAAAUGGAAGCAUUUACAACUCUGAACAUAUCAUCCCUCUAAGUAAUGGCAUGAAACAAAUUAAAGUUGGAAGUCCUGAUCUAGCUUCUGCAUGCCUUACGGAUAAUGAUGGAACUGUUCUUUCACAACAAACUUUAACUCCGCCACAAGGUCGUCAGAGCCUUGGGCUGAAGGAGAGAGAUGCUAAUGGUGUUCAUGGUGCAUCUCAGAAGCUUGUGUCUUUAAAAGAUGAUCUGAAAAAAGCUUCUAAUGGUAGCAUUGCUACCAUGGGUGACUUGCUUCCCAGGGGAUUGAUCAAUGCAGGGAAUUCAUGUUUCAUUAACGCAACUCUGCAAGCACUUUUAUCCUGCUCCCCCUUUCUGAAACUCUUGCAGGACCUUAGAACUCGUGAUAUCCCGAAGGUUGACUAUCCCACAUUGAUUGCAUUUGUGGAUUUUGUAUCGGAGUUUGACAUGCCUCAUGGUUCAAGUUCUAAGACCAAAGAUUCAAGUUUGGUUGAGACUGGCAGGCCUUUUAGUCCUGCUAUGUUUGAAGGCGUGGUGAAAAAUUUCACUCCAGAUGUGGCAAGUGAUUUCUAUGGCUGGACGAGGCAAGAAGAUGCUCAGGAGUUCUUGAGCUUCGUGAUGGACCGCAUGCAUGAUGAAUUACUCAAGCUUUCCGGCAUGGAUGCACGGAAGUUGUCACUGGUAUCAUCAUCAGAAGAUGAUGAUGAGUGGGAGACUGUUGGUCGUAAAAAUAAAUCUGCAGUGACAAGAACUCAAAGCUUUGUCCCAUCAGAACUCAGUGCAAUUUUUGGCGGAGAAUUGAGGAGUGUUGUGAAGACAAAGGGAAAUAAAGACUCUGCCACAAUUCAGCCAUAUCUCUUGCUCCAUCUUGAUAUAUUGUCUGAGGCUGUCAACACAAUAGAGGAUGCACUUCGCCUAUAUUGUGCACCAGAGACAGUCGAAGGUUACCGAGCAUCAAACACUAGUAAGGCUGGAGUGGUCCCAGCUAGCAAAUCUAUCAAAAUACGAACCCUGUCAAAGAUAAUGAUAUUGCACCUGAUGCGCUUCACCUAUAAGACUCAAGGGACUCAAGGGAGUACCAAAGUGCACAAACCCGUUCAUUUUCCCCUUGAAUUGGUGUUAAGCUCACAACUCCUUGUGUCACCGACGAAGCAGGGUAGGAAGUAUGAACUUGUGGCAACGAUCACUCACCAUGGAAGGGACCCAAGCAAGGGGCAUUAUACAGCUGAUACUCGUCAUCCUGAUGGGCAGUGGCUACGGUUCGACGAUGCAUCUGUCAUGUCAGUACCAACUAGCAAGGUUUUACAUGAUCAGGCCUAUGUACUUUUCUACAAGCAAGUGUAGAUCACAAGGUUAAAGAUGUUCACCCUUGGUUAAGCCUGUCAGAGUACGCGAUGAUCUCGGCCUUGGACCAUCGCGUGUGGAAUGUGAAGCUCUUUCACCUAUGCGUUUGCGGUUAGAUUAGUGAAUCUUCUUUUGUACUUCUGAUUAUCUUCACCUCCAUGCCACGCAGAGCAUGUUAGGAAUUAACUUAUAUGAGUUGUCAAAAAUUGAUAGUGAUAGAUCUGUGGGGGAGUGGUUAGGGUGGGAUGAGAUUAGGCGCGGGAGGUUGGUUUGCAACAACUGAUCAUGCAUGCUUGCUAGGGUUUCAUGCUUCUGCAUCUUGUGUAAGAAAAAUGUUACUUGUGUAAGAAAAGUGUUGCUAAGUUCUGGCUAUUUAUGAUUAAAAGUUCUGAAAGGUUAA